CAAUCACUGAACACCACCAAGGCUCCCAGUGGUGUUUAAAAGUGAAUCCUGUUUGUUUCUAAAUGAUCAAUCAUGGAUGAAGAUUCAGCAUUGGAUGACCCAAUUGCAAAUGUACCAGGCCCAUCCUACCUCUCCUCCUUGAGCCAACCGGAGAAGGAUGUCGGGAAAGAUCUGGAUCUCAGCUUCCUGCCGGAAGAGACCAGUGGAAAUGAUGCUUCUAAUGCUAAUGUGACACAAGACAGUGGCGUCUUCGAUGCCUGUAGGCAAGAGGAGUCUGCUGAGACUGACCCUAAAAAGGUGGCCAUGCCGGGAGCCUCUACCUUCUGUCCCAUGACACCCAUGACACCAGUGGCUGAGAGUUCUGGAAUCAUCCCCAUGUUACAUUUGUUCCAGUCAUUGGCAGCAGAGAACUGGAAGGAGAGGUGGCCAGAGGAAGAAUUUGUUUUGGGCGUGACCAGAGGGAGACAUGCUGGAGUGCGUGCUACAGUGAAUCUGGCCUGCCCACUGGACCUGAAGUCCAUUGCUCUACAAGCCAGAAAUGCAGAGUACAACCCCAAGCGUUUUGAUGCUGUCAUUAUGAGAAUACUGGAGCCUAGGACCACAGCACUCAUUUUCAGCUCUGGAAAGAUGGUCUGCACAGGAGCCAAGAGUGAGGAGCUGUGUCACUUAGCUGCCCGCAAGUUUGUUCGAGUGGUGCAGAAGCUGGGCUUUCCUGCCAAAUUCCUAGACUUCAAGAUACAUAACAUGGUGGGGAGCUGUGAUGUCUGCUUCCCCAUCCGACUGGAGGGUCUGUUGCUGGAUCAUCAGCAGUUCAGCAGUUAUGUGCCAGAACUGUUUCCUGGUUUGGUCUAUCGCAUGGUGAAACCACGUAUUGUGUUAAUGAUCUUUGUGUCUGGAAAAGUGGUCCUGACAGGAGCUAAAGAACGUCGAGAAAUCUAUGAAGCCUUUGAGAACAUAUACCCCAUUCUGAAGGGAUUCAGAAAGCAAUGAAGUGCCUUCGCUGAUUUUUGUGAAGACGAUGAAAGCAUUUGACGCACUUAAUCUUCAUGUGUGUAAAAUACAUGCGUCCUAAAUUGUUUAAUUUUGUGUGUUGCACUUCUGGAAUGUUAAAUAAAAGUGUGUAGAUGGGCAACUUGUAAC